CCAUACUGGCAACAACGCCACACGCGGCCGGUUUUGUUUUGGCUUGUAUUUUAAAAAAAAAGUGUCUCUUGAAUCCGAAACCAUGGCCAAUUCAAUUUCAAACACAACCAUUGUGAUGCCAGGAGAACGUGUCACUAGUAUAGAGGAUUUGGCCAAGAGCAAACGAGUGAUAUUGGGACCCGGCCUAAGAAGAUUGGACGACACAGUGGUUGCAAGCAAAGCGGGACCACUGCGGCACAAGGAUCCAAACACAUUUUGGGUGGACAACUACCAGCGACGUUAUGUGCCGGCACGCGGAGACCUUGUGUUGGGCUUGGUGAAGGCCAAGGCAGGCGAUCUUUAUCGUGUUGACAUUGGUUCUGCCGAUACGGCAUCCAUUUCAUUUCUGGCCUUUGAGGCGGCCACGAAAAAGAAUCGACCGGACCUGAAUCCCGGCGAUUUAAUCUAUGCCCGCGUCCUGAAUGCCAGUGCUGACAUUGAACCCGAACUGGUGUGUGUGAAUUCGAAUGGAAAACGUGGCAAACUGGGCGUCCUCAGCGAUGGUUUCUUCUUCAAAUGCAGUUUAAAUCUGGGCCGCGUGCUCUUACGUGAGAAUUGCCCUGCAUUGACCGCCCUUACCCGGCAAUUGCCCUACGAGAUUGCUGUGGGCGUCAAUGGACGCAUCUGGUUAAAGGCGCGCUCCAUGCGGGAAACUAUGGCCCUAUCUAAUUCCAUUUUAUCGUUGGAACAAACAAACUACUCACAAAUCGACAGGAUUUGUGGGGAUCUAGGCGAAGUGCUGCAAGAAUGAUAAUAAAUAGAAGCAUCAUUAAGUUUA